UCUAUUAAAAGAUCUGCUUUGCUAACUGUGUAAUCUUUCAUUUUCAAAUUUGCAUUAUGAAAUAAAUUCCAAUUUUUACAACGUUUAGAUUUUUAGUUAUGGUUUAAAAUAUGUUCCUGUAUUUAGUUCUUUUUUGUGUUAUAAAAAGUACUGUGUCCGAAGAUGUUAAUAUAGGAGCUGUUUUUGAAAACGACGAAAAAUCUGAAAAAGCCUUCAACUACGCUCUAGAAAAUAUCAAUAGUCAAAACAACAAUGAAGAAUUUUCUUUCGUACCCAUAGUUCAAAACAAUUUCUCCGAAGCUGAUUCGUAUACAUUAAUGCGAAAUGUUUGUUCGAUUUUGGAAGACGGAGUUGUUGCAGUAUUUGGACCUCGAUCAUAUCAAAGUAUUUCAGUAGUACAUUCUAUUUGCGAUGUAAAAGAGAUUCCACAUAUUAUCACCAGAUGGAACAGCUUCUAUAUAGAAGGCGAUAAAACAAUAAUAAACUUCUAUCCCCACCCAAGCACCCUAGCAAGAGCUUACUAUGAAAUAAUAUCUGCAAAUAAAUGGAAAAGUUUUACUGUUCUUUAUGAAGAUAAUGAAAGUCUAUUGAGAAUAAAAAGUUUGAUAGAAACUGCUCAUGAUGACGGCAUACUCACACAAGUUAUGCAGUUGGAUCAACUUCAAAGUGGAAAUUACAGAGCUACAAUGAAAGAAUUGAAAAAAACAGAUCAGCAAUUCGUAGUGAUUGAUUGUCACAUUAAUAGUCUUUUUGAAGUAUUAACUCAACUGCAACAAGCUGGCUUGAUGAAUGAUAAAUACAGCUACUUUUUGACAAACCUUGAUGCUCAUACCGAGAAUUUAAUGCCGUUCAAAUUCAGCAAUACACAUAUUAUUGGGAUACGUUUGAUAAAUCCCGAAACGGAAUAUGUGCAAAAACUCAGUGCUGAUCUAUUUUCAGAGGAUUUUGACGUUAUGCUAGAAGCACCAGCUUGGAAACUUCAAUUGGAACCAGCCCUUAUCAUCGAUGCUCUCCAUAUGUUCACAGCCGUUUUUGUUGAUAGACAGAAGUCUAGCGCUGUGAGAAUCAUUGCUGAAAACAAAAAUAGUUUGCAGUGUUCUGAACCCGGAAGUUGGGAACAUGGUCUAAGUAUUGUGAAUUUGUUGAAAUCCUAUACUUAUGAGGGUUUAACCGGAAAAAUAGCAUUUGACAAUGAAGGGUACCGUAGUGACUUUAAAUUAACAGUCUUUGAACUACUGGAAGGAGGCAUUACUGAUAUUGGAACGUGGAUACCUAACUUAGGCCUGAAUGUUUCCCGGCCAGUAGAUAAAAGCACACUAGAUGAUCCUGAAAGCUUACGUAACAAGUCUUUUAACGUACAAAUUACUUUGACUGAACCCUAUGGCAUGCAUAAACAAACAGUUCAGCAUCUACAAGGAAAUGAUAUGUUUGAAGGGUAUGCAAUAGAUCUUAUAGCAAAAUUAGCUGAGAUGGAAGGAUUUAAUUACACUUUUAUAGUUAGAGAGGAUAAAAGUAAUGGCGCUUAUGACGAAAAACUUAAAAAGUGGACGGGUAUGAUAGGAGAUCUCUUGGAAUAUAAGGCUGAUUUAGCAAUUUGUGAUUUUACUAUAACGUCUGAUAGAGAAGAAGCUGUGGAUUUUACAGUGCCUUUCAUGACAUUAGGAGUAAGUAUUCUCUUCAAAAAGCCAGAAAAUGCUCCUCCCAGUUUCUUUUCGUUUGCCGAUCCAUUUGCUCUAGACUCCUGGAUUUUACUGAGCGUAUCGUUCUUCACCGUGUCUUUGAGUUUUUACUUCAUGGGGCGAAUAUGCCCGGACGAAUGGACUAAUCCUUUUCCAUGUGUAGAAGAGCCUGACUAUUUGGUGAAUCAAUUUAGUGUAAAUAACUGUUUUUGGUUUGCAACGGGAGCUUUGUUAGCUCAAGGAUCGGAAAUAGCUCCAAUAGCUAUAUCAACCAGGAUGGCAUCAGGAAUAUGGUGGUACUUUUGUCUCAUCAUGAGUGCAUCUUAUACUGCCAACCUUGCUGCCUUUUUAGCAACAGAAAAUCCAAUCAAACUGUUUACAGACCUACAGUCUCUCUACGAUAAUGAACAUGGUAUCAAAUUUGGAGCAAAGUUAGAGGGAGCCACAUUGCGUUACUUUCAGAAAGCAGCGAAGGGCACUUUAACUAGAAAAGUUGGAGAUUAUAUGACAGAACACCCUGAAGUGAAUGUCAAUGGAAACGAUGUGGGAGUUCGAAGGGCUGAGACAGAACCGUAUGCUUUCUUCAUGGAAUCUUCCUCUAUCGAAUACGAAAUUCAAAGGCACUGUAGUUUAAUGCAGUAUGGUGGUCGUUUGGAUGAAAAGGGAUACGGAAUAGCUAUGAGAAAAUAUUCACCUUAUCGAAAAAGGUUAAGCAUGGCUUUAUUGAAGUUGCAAUCAAACCAUUUUCUAGAUGAUUUAAAGAAAAAAUGGUGGGAAGAUAGAAGAGGAGGAGGGGCAUGUGGUGGAACCACCGAAGCUGCAGAAGCAGAUCCUCUUGGAUUGGUAAACGUCGAAGGCUGCUUUUGGAUGACCUUUUUUGGUACAAUACUAGCAGCAGUGCUGGUCCUAUUAGAACACUUUUUUUACCUUCUUUAUGUGAAAAGAAGAACUGGACUUCCCUUCUGGAAAAUAGUUAAAGCAGAAUUCAGAGCUUAUAUAAACUUUAACAACGCCAGCAAACCAAAUUUGGAAGUGCUGAAAGAAAUUCCUGAGUCCGAAAAUAGAUCAGAUAAUGGUGAUACCAGUAAAAAUAGUGAUAAUAACGAUGAUAAAGAAGAGAAAAAGACUAAAUCCAAGUCAGCUUCUAAAACACGCUCAUUCGCUAGAAGUAGGUCAAGGUCUGUAUCUGUUCCUAAAAAGAAAUCUUCAAAGUCAAGUGGAAGGAAGUCACCAGUGCCGUAUGGAUUCAUUGUACCUUCAUCCCUGGAAAGUCUAAAAAAUGAUUUUGAUAUUUUAUAAACAUUUUGUAAAAAAUAUUAGAAAUAACGUAUACAAAAUUUGAAUGUUUCAGAUACUCUAUAAAAUUUGUGAUUAAAUUUUUACAUUUACAUUAAUAUUAAACACAAUUAAAGGCUGAUAACUAAGUUUGGAAUAGCCUAACAAUUUAGAAUGACUUGUAGACAAUAGCAAAUUAAUACGAUUUCUUUAUUAUUGGGAAAGCCGUUCCAUACUAUAUACUUCAAAGAUCCUAUUUGUUAAAAAAUAUUGUCUGUGUUUAGUCCUAUAGUUUUUUUUGCAAUUUAAAUUCAUGACCUCUUAUUCUGUUAUUAUCAUUUAAAGAAUAUAAAUAUAAUAAACCGGCCUAAUUGAAUUUUAAUACGAGUAAACCUAAAAUUAGAUUACCAUCUUGCAUGUUACUUAUACGCGUUGAAGACGAGGAGGGAGGGAAAAAGAGGGGAAGUGCCACAGGAGACUAUGAUGAGGGGGAAAUGCGUUUUGACAACUUCUUGGGGUAAAAGGAUGAACAACCGAGAUAAAACAGGUUUAAAUCGUUAAAGGCGGUGGAGGGUAUAGUAGCAGCGCCAGUUAAACAUCCAAAUACAAAAAAGGAAAUAAAAGAAAAAAUGACAGUAGAUGGGGUAGUGAAAACUGUUAGGUGGAAGACAGACAACCUCAGGACUAAGAUGGAGAAGCAGGAAUCAAGGGAACUGAAACCCAAACGGACGAAGACGUCAAACUCUUCGUAAAACAGAGGCCGGAAGAUCAGGAUAUAGGAAUAAUCUGGGCCAUAAUUAUUAAGGAAGAAAUUUGCAAGGAAUUCCAAAAGAUUGAGGGAUUGACCUGGCCGGCAAGAGCAUUCAGGAGGAGAAGGAAGAAAAAUGGAAUUCACUAACAUUGGGUAACACGGGAGACUGAUACGGGACUUGAUAUGAAGAACGGGAUAGCAGGACUCUUAAAAGACAGAUAUGGGACCUGGACGAAGUAGAUCCGGAAAAAUUAAGGACAAGUACCAUUUUUAACCUAAUGCAGAUGUCAAAAGGUUUAUUUUUAUUGGUUUUGUUUUAUUUUGGCAACUAGUGACAUAAAGAACUUCUCGUUACUAGUUACAUAAUGUUCAACUUUAUGUAACUAAUUACAUAAAGUCGAUUCUUUUGAUAUUGCUGCGAUUACAAAAGAUGUCACGUAAUAUGUCAAAAUUAAAGAAAAUAAUGUAUGUCCUUUCUCUUUUUGACUUUAAACAAUCUUACAAGUAGAACAAGUUAUAGAAUUGAAAUCUUUCAUAUUUAAACUCAAUUUCUUUAAAAGUUGGUUUUAAAUAAACUAAGUGUUGUGGUAAGAUCGUUAGAGAAUGAUGAAGUAACAAAAGUCAAUGUUGUAAAGUCUAUUUAUGGUGUUUUUUCAGUUUAGAAAUCGAAGAGCCGGUACGCUUCGUGCCAAGACCGGUCUAAUAUGUAAUUUAAAUUUGGUAUUUGUACAGGAAAGAGAAUUUGUCCUAACAGUUAAUUGUUAUUUUUCCAACAUGUCACAUUGAUAACUCAUACUUAAUAACUCAGAAAGUAGUGCAUUGACUUUAAAAAGCAAUUAAGGCUAAUUUGUAAAGCGAUUGUAGAAGAAAUAAAUAAUAUGUUAUUUUUACUAUAGAAAACCAAAUAUACAAAUUAUAUUUUAUUCUUAUUUAACCCUAAAACAAUGGUUUGGUUUAACGACUAAAACUACAUUUUACCAAUAAAUUGAAUACAAAUUGUAAUUAAAUUAGUUUUCAUUAUUUAACCAGCCGGUUUGAUUACUAUUGACGCUAGGAGGUUUCCGGCUAGGAGAUCUAACGCUAGGAGGUCUUAACUCCAUAUUUGUCCUGCUUCUUUUACUUCUGCUUCUUCUGCUCCUGCUUCUUCUCUUUUUACUUUUUUUACUUUGUAUUGUUUCAGCGCUACCUUCCUUUUGUACAAAUCCGUAUGGUAUUUCACCGUUUUCUUCUGAUCCUUCUUUUGUGCUUUCUUCGGUCAUUCCAACUUCUUUUUCCAUUUCACCAAAUCUGUAAAGCAAAUGAUC